CUACUUAUUUUAUGUCAAUUUCAUUUUAAGUAAUACUCCCUCCGUCCCAUAAAGUGUUACCCAUUUUGACUAAAGUUGAAAUUAAGGGAGGGAUAAUUUUGUGUUGACUUUCCAAAAAUACCCUUGAUGUGAUGGGUAAAAGUAGGAUGUGAUGUGUAGAUUAUUAGGAAAAAGGUAUGAUGUGAUAGGUAGGGUUUGAAAAAAUCAAUCAUUCCUGCCAAAGAGGGACAUGGAGUGGUUCUUCUUCUGCCCAAGGGACAAGAAGUACCCAAACGGAUCAAGAACCAACCGAGCCACCAAAUCCGGAUACUGGAAGGCCACGGGCAAAGACCGGAAGAUCGUUUGCCCGCCCGACACAACUGGGUACCGAAAGACGCUGGUCUUCUACCGCGGGCGGGCUCCUCUUGGGGAUAGGACCGAUUGGGUCAUGCACGAGUAUCGCAUCUCCCAAGAGGAUUCUCAUGGCAACCUCAUCUUUCAGGGUCCCUUUGCCCUAUGCCGAGUUGUGAAGAGGAACCACCCUCAAAUGCAAGAGAAGGCUGGGUGCAGCAGUUCAAGCAAUAACAAUGCAGAGAAAUAUUACUCAUCUUUACCUGCAACGCCAAAUGACCAAAUUGCCCUCAACAUGGGCAGCUCCGAGAGUGCAUACUCCACUCCCAUCACUUCUCCCUACCAUCCAUCCCAAGUGACAACACCAAAUGACCAGUUUGCCCUCAACAUGAGCUCCGAGAGCAACUACUCCACUCCCAUCGCUUCCCCUACUCGCUACCAUGCGGUGAGCGCGGGAGAUUAUGAGUUCGGCAUGCAGCCAGACACUUGCAGUGUCUGGAUGUCGGCCGAUAUGGUUCUUGAUUCUUCCAAGGAGUGCCCUCAGCACUAUUCUUAUCAUCCAAACGCGGCACAAUGGCAACCGUAUGAUAACCGCGAGCCCUCUCCCCCUUCUUUGUCUCCUUUCUUUGGCCAUGGAAACUUCAUGGGCAUUUUGGGAAAUGAACAUGGCGGCACGCCAUAUGAAGGUUGUCAUGGCUCCUCAAGAAAUCUAAACCUUUUCUAAGCUAAGUUGCAUGCUAGGAGGCCGGGAGGGAAAUGACUUCCGGAAGCCAUUUUUUCAUUUUCUAGUGUUUGGUUGUUCUGAAGAAUAUGAAUCAACGCAACAUGAUUUCUGAAGUCAGCUAAAAAUGAGUAGAAAAAAGAUUUCAGCUUUUUUACUGGCAGGAGACAAUUAAUUUCCACAAUUCUCUUACUUCUUUGAUCGAAACUUACCACAUCGAAACUUAUAACAAGAAAAACUGCCUUUUUUC